AUGCAAGGGACCCAGACUCGCUUCAGCCAGGAGCCAGCUGACCAGACUGUGGUGGCCGGACAGCGGGCCGUGCUCCCCUGUGUGCUGCUCAACUACUCGGGGAUCGUGCAAUGGACCAAGGACGGGUUAGCGCUUGGCAUGGGCCAGGGACUCAAAGCCUGGCCGCGGUACCGGGUCGUGGGCUCUGCAGACGCCGGGCAGUACAACCUGGAGAUCACAGACGCCGAGCUCUCUGACGAUGCCUCUUACGAAUGUCAGGCCACCGAGGCCGCCCUGCGCUCCCGGCGGGCGAAACUCACCGUGCUCAUCCCCCCAGAGGACAUCAGGAUUGACGGAGGUCCGGUACUUCUGCUGCAAGCAGGCACCCCCCACAACCUCACAUGCCGAGCCUUUAAUGCCAAGCCUGCUGCUACCAUCAUCUGGUUCCGGGAUGGGACUCAGCAGGAGGGUGCUGUGGCCAGCACGGAGCUGCUGCAGGACGGGAAGAGGGAGACUACCACCAGCCAGUUGCUCAUUAACCCCACCGACCUGGACAUUGGGCGCGUCUUCACCUGUCGCAGCAUGAAUGAAGCCAUCCCUAGUGGCAAGGAGACGUCGAUUGAACUUGAUGUUCACCACCCUCCUACGGUGACCCUGUCCAUUGAGCCACAGACGGUACAGGAGGGCGAGCGUGUUGUCUUUACAUGCCAGGCCACAGCCAACCCUGAGAUCCUGGGCUACAGAUGGGCCAAGGGAGGCUUCUCGAUUGAAGAUGCCCAUGAGAGUCGCUAUGAGACGCACGUUGACUAUUCCUUCUUCACGGAGCCUGUGUCCUGUGAGGUUUACAACAAAGUGGGCAGCACCAAUGUCAGCACUUUAGUAAAUGUCCACUUUGCCCCCCGGAUUGUAGUUGACCCUAAACCUACGACUACAGACAUUGGCUCUGAUGUGACUCUCACCUGUGUCUGGGUCGGGAAUCCCCCCCUCACUCUCACCUGGACCAAAAAGGACUCAAACAUGGUCCUGAGUAACAGCAACCAGCUGCUGCUGAAGUCCGUGACGCAGGCAGACGCGGGCACCUACACCUGCCGGGCUAUCGUGCCUCGCAUAGGAGUGGCAGAGCGGGAGGUGCCACUUUACGUGAACGGGCCCCCCAUUAUCUCCAGCGAGGCAGUGCAGUAUGCUGUCAGGGGCGACGGUGGCAAGGUGGAGUGUUUCAUCGGGAGCACGCCACCCCCGGACCGCAUUGCAUGGGCAUGGAAGGAGAACUUCCUGGAGGUGGGGACCCUGGAACGCUAUACGGUGGAGAGGACCAACUCAGGCAGUGGGGUGCUGUCUACACUCACCAUCAACAAUGUCAUGGAGGCCGACUUCCAGACCCACUAUAACUGCACUGCCUGGAACAGCUUCGGGCCAGGCACGGCCAUCAUCCAGCUGGAGGAGCGAGAGGUGCUACCUGUGGGCAUCAUCGCCGGAGCCACCAUCGGUGCGGGCAUCCUGCUCACCUUCUUCUUUGUCGCCUUGGUGUUCUUCCUCUACCGGCGUCGCAAAGGCAGUCGUAAGGAUGUGACCCUGAGGAAGCUGGACAUCAAGGUGGAGACAGUGAACCGUGAGCCGCUCACAAUGCAUUCCGACCGGGAGGACGAUACCGCGAGCGUCUCCACAGCCACCCGGGUCAUGAAAGCCAUCUACUCAUCCUUCAAAGACGACGUGGACCUGAAGCAGGACCUGCGCUGCGAUACCAUCGACACCCGGGAGGAGUAUGAAAUGAAGGACCCCACCAACGGCUACUACAACGUGCGUGCCCACGAGGACCGACCAUCGUCCAGGGCGGUGCUCUACGCCGACUACCGCCCCGCCACGCCGGCGGGCACCGACUCAGCCAGCCAGCUGUCCUACGACAACUACGAGAAGUUCAGCGCCCAUCCCUUCCCCGGGGCGCCGGGGUACCCCACCUACCGACUGGGUUACCCCCAGGCCCCGCCCUCCGGCCUGGAGCGGACCCCGUUCGAGGCCUACGACCCCAUCGGCAAGUUCGCCACGGCCACGCGCUUCUCCUACACGUCGCAGCACUCGGACUACGGGCAGCGCUUCCAGCAGCGCAUGCAGACGCACGUGUAGGGCCGCAGCCUGCGGCACCUCUGCGGGGCAGAGGAGAAGCUGUUCCCUGAUAUUCAGGGCCAUUGCUCGUGGCUCCUGUCCCCCACCAGCCUUCCCCUUCCGCCACGGCAGGUGGGGAGUAGGUCUCCCCGAAACGCCCCACCCGAGGUGCUCUGUGCAUGCCCCAGCCUCCUGGGCCUGCCCUUCCCUCCUCGCCGGGAGGGAGGAUGUGUCUUCUGACCUGCUCUGGCGCCUGGCCCCAGCGUGGGGGUGGGGAAGGGAAGGUUGUGGAGCGGAGGGGGCACUUUUUAGCAUUCCCUUUCUAUCCUGCCCUCUGCCUCCCAUAAGCAGAUGGAGGAGUUCAUGUGGGAAUGCGUAGACUUUGGCCUAGGGGACAUGAAGUAUAGGGGUGAGUGGCUCUGGCACAUAUAGGUGGAAACAGGAUGGCCUGGCCAGAACUUCUGUCAUCUGCAUUUAUACCCUGGUGUAUCUCCUUCAGAAUUGCAGAAGGGGCCUUGGAUUUCUUUUAUCUCUGUCUAGAGAACAACCCUGGCACUGAGUUCAAAUCCAGCUCUCAUUUAGCUGAGAUGAAAAUGCCAGUCAUCUUGGCUGCCCACUGUGCACACCUGUGUGCCAGUCUGCAGAGGGAUCCAGGUGUCUCCGGUAGCGCUGCCCCUUUCCCUCUCCUCUAUGCUGGGCUAGCUGAUGCGUCAGAAGGUCAUGGUGGAAGAAGGAAAGGUCAGGAACCAUGUCCUGACUCACCAGCAAGACAACUGUGUGCUACCUGGCAGCUUCCACAGCCCACACUAGGGGAGCCCACCCAAGCCCCUCUCUCCCCAAUCUGCCCGGCUUCCUGGUUUGAACUCUUGAGCCUACCUGGGGAGUUGUGGGUGAGAGGGUAGGGUACUGUAGGCUAGUUUUCAAAGAAAACAACAAUAAAAGUCUCAUUUGGGAAAAAAAAAGUAAUAAAGCUGUAGGGAUUUCCCCCACCCAAAUAUAAGUCCUAGUGGAAAGGAAAGGGGGCACCUGUUCUCUACCAGAUUCCUAACACCUUCCAUUACUCUUUCCAUCUCCAGGCACUUUGAAUUCAUUUUUAAACAUCCAGGUGGUGAGACCUAUCUUGCGGAUGGGCCUUGACAGGCUUAGGGAGGGAACCUUGGCUAGAGGCCACCUUCCAGGGAGCAUGGGAGAUGUGCUCUUUACCCAGGUUUUGCUUUAGCAUCUUUUUUUCCCCCCCUCUUGGAUCAGUCAUAUUCCUCCUCUUUGCAGUGCCUUGAGCUUGGGUUGGCCAGCCCUGUGUGGGAGGCUCUGCAGGGAGUGGGUAUUCUGAGCCCCAGACAUACUGUCAAGCGUUGCAGAAUUUAGGAGACAGAUGGGUCAGGGCCAGGUAAGAGGAAGGGCAGAUUGAGUAAGGUGGCACAGAGGACACUGCCGGCAGCCGUGACCCGUGCUGACACAUACACAUGCAUGUACACAGUCCACCUGGCUCUUCCCAGCCACCACCUGCUAACCAAAGAGAACCAGCACUCCAAAGAAAACCCAGGUCGGCCUCCCCUUCCCACCGAUCAGGGUCUGGAGGGUGCUCCUAACUCGCUCAGCCCUGACUACGGAGGUGGGGCUUCCUGUGCAAUGCCCAGAAUGUUCAUGGCCCUUUCUCCUGGUCACCAUUCAUUCCUCAUGUUUGCUUUAAUGAGUUAAGUGCUGAUCAGCCAUGGGCCAUCACCACCCUUUCGGGUGGGUCUGUGGUGUGACAUUCCUUGCCAUCUCCCCCACCCCCACCACUGGUAAGGAUCAGUUAAUGUCCAGGAAGAAAGUAGCUCCAGUUCUGGCCUCCCAGCUACCUCUGUGUCCUCCAGAAGGGACUAGAGCCCCACCAACCCACCCUUUCCAAAGCCUGGUCCAGGCUCCUGCCCAUGUCCGCCCCGGGAAGUUCAUGCCUCCUGUGUGAUCCUUUACGUAAGCUCAGCGACAGGGCCUGCUAAGGGUGCAGGCUCCUCUGCAGACAGAUCUGUGCGUAUUUUUAUUAUUUUCACAGAAACCAAAAGCCACGGGUAAUCCGGUUAAACAGGAAUAUUCCAAAAUGCAUUUUUUUGGGGGGGUUUGGUCAGAUUCUCUUAUUUUCCCCUUUUUAGUUUAAAUGUUGGGCCCAUUCUGUUGAAACGAUGGAGAGGAGGGGGCCCAAGGUCACUAGGAAGGUCCGCUAACAUUGCAGGGCCCAUUCAUUUUCUGAUGUCUGAUGCAGAGCUACUUCGCGCUCUCCGACCCUUAACACCUUAACUGGGGCCUCCAAGCAAGUGAUGCCGUGCAAGGCGCAGGGAGACGUCGGCCACCAAAGUCGUCUCUGUUUGCCACAACUGGCACUCAGCUCCAGUCAGAAUCUGAAGUGGGACCUACGGGUUAGGCCAAGUGGAACCACUUUUCUGGGGAGUAGAAGGUGCCCUUGAACAUAGAACUUUGCUGUCUAAAGCCGGAGUCCUCCAGUGUGGUUCCUCAGUACUGGAUGUGGUCACCUUGGUGGUCCUGACCACUUUUUUUGGUCAAGGGGUUUAGGAGUCAGGAGACCCGGGACCUCAUUCUAAAGUCAUUUACUGAGUGACCGUGGCCUACUUUUCAUUGCCUCGGAUUUCCUGGCCUGUAGAUGAAGGAGAAGGGUUGCACAAACCUAGAAUUCUGCUAUUUCUCUCUGUUUGGUGAACUAGAACAGCCUGGGCAUCCCUGGCGAGGAGUUGCGGACAGUGGGCUAAGGGAUGGAGGAGUCGAAAGGGUCCCUUAGAGAAGCUUUCACCACUGGCUUCAUUGUCUUGUCAGAAGUACUGUGAAUGAGUUUCCACUAAGGAACCCCUUGAUCCUAAACAGCACCAAAAAGCAUGCCCUAAGCCUCAGUAAAAUUAAUGCAGGGUUAUUCUUUGACUGUUGGGUAACUGUACUGCUCCCCACACAGAAUUCUGACAGUUUUGCAAGGGUGUCUAUGGCCAAGGCAGGGUGUGUAUCCACUGUGACUGUAUCCAGGUUUCAGACAACUUCCAUGGUGACAAAUGGGAGUAGCCAGCUGCCACUCAUGCUCAGGAGCAUUUUCCUGACUAGGGACCACUUACAAGGUGAAGCCUGCAGGCUAAGCUGCUUUGAGCCAGGGGACCAGGCAUAAGUGCAGCCGGUCCCUCUGUGAAGGAACACAGAGGAAGGGCAGAUGGGUCCAGCAGUAACGGCAAAUUCUGAAUCUUGAAGAGGUUCUUGUGAUCCUGGGUGAGCUGUUGUUUCUUUGUGGAGGGCCUAGCCUCCAUCCUAAACCCUGGGCCCCUCAAAGCCCAGCCACAGAGUUUGCAUUAAGCAAAAACCUUCAAUCAGAAAGGGAAGUGGCCAGGGAUAGGAGCAGUGCUAUUUUUCUAACAGAUGUCUUGCUUGGGAUGAAAUGGUUUGACCACUGUGUCU